UGCAGCCGCCACACAGAGGGCAUUUACAGAGCUCCGCACGACUCAGUCAGAAGAAAACCUAACGCACCUCGUCUCGAACAACACACCACCAUGGACCUCCACCGGACGAGUAUAUUAAACCAAAUGGAUUACAGCCGAGAGACUAAAGAAGGGAAGCCGACUCAGUCGACAGAAGAGCGGCUCGACAGCGGUUUGGACUCGCUGAAAGAAGAGGAGUACCAGGCUGUAGCCGCCGAGAUCCGUCGGCUCCAGGUGGAAUACGAGCCGCCUCAGCACAAACAACAUCCCGCUGUAACUGGAGAGGUGCACGAAUGGAAAACACAGAUCACAGAGGACGGAGACACGCUGCUCCACCUGGCCAUCAUCCACGAGGCCAAGGAUUAUAUCUGGAAAAUGAUUGAUCUGUCCAGGAACACAAACUUCCUCAACGCACAAAAUGAUCAGAGACAGACUCCUCUCCACUUGGCAGUAAUAACAAACCAGGCGGACGUGUGUCAGCGCCUCCUGUUAUCUGGCUGCGACCCCACGCUGGUGGACGACAACGGGGACACACCUCUACACAUGGCCUGUCGCCACGGUAACCUGUUGUGCUUCAGCGUCAUCACACAGAACUGUCAGCCAGGGCAUCUACACACAGUGAUGGCUGCCUGCAACUAUCAUGGUCAGAACUGCCUCCACCUGGCCUCGGUUCAGGGUUUCCUGUCACUGGUGGAGAGCAUGGUGGAUCUAGGAGCUGACAUUAAUGCAAAGGAGCAGCGUAACGGCCGCAGCGCACUGCACCUGGCUGUGGACCAACAGAAUCUCUCAUUGGUCAAACUGCUGCUGAAGAAAGGAGCAGACCCCAACCUCUUGACCUCCGGAGGCUACACUCCCUACCACCUCACCUACGGUCGCGACGAUGACGACAUCAGGAAAGAAUUGUACUCGUUGACCAAACCUGACCUGAGGGAGCUGCCUGAAAGCGAGUCAGACGACAGCGAGGAAGAGGAGGAUGAGCAGUCUGAUGAGGAGGUGGGGUAUGAUGACAUUCAGUGGAAUGGACAUUAGCAGGAAAUUAGCAAGAGAGAGACGGGAAGUAACAGAGGCUGUGGUCGUGACUGUGAAUGACAAGAGAAAUGGCUUGGCAUGUGUUCUUCUUCCUGCGAUAACGUCACAAGGCCAAUGGUGUGGGUGACGCGGCGCGAGCACGACUGCUGACAGACGGGCGGACAGGCGGCGGCGAAGGAGAAUCAAACCGAGACUGAUGGCUGAAUAAACCAACGUGUCUGCUCCAGGCUGCAGGGAAACAAAUGCACUCUGAGAUGUGAGCACAUGGCACAUUAUGAUGGCUUGUCUGCAUAUGAGGAUUUCUUUUGUUUUGUGGACACUACAAAUCAUUUGUCAAGAAAACAUCCAUCCACACAGAUGUACCUGCAACAGCUCUGUUGUAUGAUAUUGUAAAUGCUGUGUAUACAAAGAUGUAUUUUUUAUGGAAGCUGUGAAUGUGUACAGUUGCGCAGGUUGUAUAUGUCAGACAGCAAACACUCCAGCACACUCCAGUUAAAUUAAAAACACUCAUAUUUAACAAUAAAAA